CCCAGAUCCCCGGGGGUGCCCCUGACGCCGCUGUCCCGCAGCCCGAGCCCACGGAGGAGGACAUUGAGAAGAACCCCGAGCUGAAGAAGCUGCAGAUUUACGGGGCCGGGCCCAAAAUGUUGGGGCUGGGGCUGGUGGCCAAGGACAAAACCCUGCGGAAGAAAGACAAGGAGGGUCCCGAGUGUCCCCCCACGGUGGUGGUGAAGGAGGAGCCGGCGGGGGAGCCCCGGGGGUCUCCGGGGUCCCCGGGGGCGCGGGACGGGCGGGAGGAGCUGCGCCACAGCCCCGAGCCCUGCACCAAGAUGACGAUGAGGCUGCGCCGCAGCCACAGCAGCAGCCAGUUCGUGGAUUCCUACAUCUGCCGGAUCUGCUCGCGGGGCGACGAGGACGACAAGCUGCUGCUGUGCGACGGCUGCGACGACAACUACCACAUCUUCUGCCUGCUGCCCCCCCUGCCCGAGAUCCCCAAGGGCAUCUGGCGCUGCCCCAAAUGCGUCAUGGCGGUGAGGGGGGCGCGGGGACACCCCCGGCUGUGGGGCCGGGACCCUCCCUGUGCGCUGUCCUGUCCCUUCAGGGGCUUUGGCCCCCUGAGUCCCGCCAAUCCCCUCCCUGCGCCCCCUGAAGCCCCCUGCCCGCAGAUGGUGCCCACGGAGCUGGUGGAGAAGGAGUUCUGGCGCCUGGUGAACAGCAUCGAGGAGGACGUGACCGUGGAGUACGGAGCCGACAUCCACUCCAAGGAGUUCGGCUCCGGCUUCCCCGUGCGCGACGGCAAACGGCGCCUGUCCCCCGAGGAGGAGGAGUACGCGGGCAGCGGCUGGAACCUGAACGUGAUGCCGGUGCUGCAGCAGUCGGUGCUGUGCCACAUCAACGCCGACAUCUCGGGCAUGAAGGUGCCCUGGCUCUACGUGGGCAUGGUGUUCUCGGCCUUCUGCUGGCACAUCGAGGACCACUGGAGCUACUCCAUCAACUACCUCCACAUGAUUUUGGGGGUGCGCCGGGCCGGGGGCUUCACCCACAAGUUGGGGGUGGAGUGCUCGAGUGCAGAGGAGGCGCUGGAGGCUGCAGGGGCUGGGGCUGACAUCGUCCUGCUGGACAACCUGGCCCCCCAG